AUGCGACCAUUGCUUCGCGGCAUAUUCUUCUUCUCCCUCCUCGCACUCGCCGCCGCCAAAUGCCCAACAUACAUCGACACCGUAGUCCCUUCGGGACAAACCCGUCGCCAUGGCAAUCGCGAGCCUGGCGACCCCAUUCUGGCAACCAUGCACGACGUCCACAAAACACUCUCCGACUGCGACUCCAUCAAAAGCCUCAAACUCCGCGUCACGAGCCUAGGAUGCUCUGAACAUCCCGACCGUUGGAACUUCCCACUCGACCUGGCCUCGGGAUCCAUAUACCCCUCGGAACUAGAGUCGCUGGACCUAGAGGGCUAUCGUUUCGACGAUCGAAUUUGGGAUGAGGUCUCGCAACCGCCGUUCCGGACGGGUUCCAAGUUUUGGGACAGGAUGGAGUGGAUCGGUUCCGGUAGAGCCUGGAAGUGGGUGAGGUAUCUCCCGUUGUCCGCGGAGCAAAAGGCCAAGACGAAUCUGGACUUGUGGUUGGAUGCCAUGGACUUCGGGAGCAUCAAGAACCUUACCCUCAGGCCCUAUAUCGAUGAACAUCCCGAAGUUGCGAAGCUGAUUCCACAUUUGAAGUCGCUUGAGUCGUUGAAGGUCUAUGGCGCCUGGGCAAAAGACCUCAUCUUGGGUAUGCCCGAGAACUCGCUUACGCAUCUGUCGUGGAUAUUCAGCCACGAGACCGGCGCUUCCGUGUUACCCGUCAUACGACACCAUGCGCAGUCUCUCAAGAGCCUCGAAUGGCGCGAGGCGGAAAGUGGAAUUCGGCAGCGGAGAGUGAUGACGGCGGAAGAAAUCGCAGAACUCGGUCGCAUGGUGCCGAACCUGCAGAGCAUUACCCUCGACCUGAACCGCAACGGCACAUGGCCGAUGGAGCACUUUGACGCGCUGGUGACGAAUUUCCCAAAUUUGACCAACAUUACAAUCUUCUUGGAGUUUGCGAGCGAGUGCCGACGACAGCUGGGUGCCUCCACAGAGGGGUUUUAUGGCUACGAGCAGUGGAAGAUGGGUGAGGCGUCGGAUUGUAGCAGCGGAGUAGGGUCCAUGGCCCAGCCGCCGCUCGAACUUAACCAGGCCAUGCAGCUAUGGGGACACUUGCGGGAGAAGAAGAUUGGCGAUUUGUUGAAAAAGGUCGUUUUCUAUGCGGGCGACUGGGAGAGGCCGUGGGAUGGGGCGUUGGCUGAGAGUGAAUGGCUCGAGGGUAGGAGAUCGUUCUUCUGGUGCGAGGCUUCAGACAACCCGCCAAAAAGAAUUAAUGGCGCGUGUACGGGGCUGACAGCAGACGUCCCUACGAGGGGUAGCUCCUCUGGGUAUGAUGAAGACGGAUUCGAUGCUCCUGGCUGGCAAAGCGAUAUGGCUCGGCGAGCCGUGCGGAUGGAGCUUUGA